CAUGAGCGCGUGUUUGUACAUGCUUGAUACAAAGAAUCCCACUGAACUGCUUAUCGCUAAAUGGGAUUUCCGACAGGAUGAGGGCCGGCGGGACGUCCGAGCUGAAACAGCCCUCAGAGGAGGUCCAGCAACUCCUCGAAACUGUCAAGACUGAGCUGGAAGAGAAAAUGGAGAGAAAGUUGGACAAGUUCUUGCUGGUGUCCUACAAGACGCAGGUGGUCGCAGGGACCAACUACUUCGCCAAGAUUGACAUCGGAGGGGAGGAGCUAGUGCACUUGCGUGUGUACAAGAAUCUGCAAGGAGAGGUGUCGCUGCAUUCCCACCAGCAUCCGAAAACCCGCGAGGAGGAUAUCCAGUACUUUUGAAGAUUUCCUGGUGUUUGGGGCUGCGGCAAAUGGGGAGAGUCCUUCAGGGUAUCAGGGCAGUUACCGGCUUUUGUGAUGACGGCAUAUUGAUAGGAAAAUUGGCCCCCUUAUUACAUUUGUAAUGUAAUCUUUAGCUUUCAACAUGAAAUGUACCUGCAUUAAUUAAAUAAAAGUAUAAAUAAAAUAA